AUCUCCGCAUCCCGUGAGUGGACAUCUCUCCUGGUUGUGCCUGGGAGGUCCGCUUCCAGCUGCACUUUCCUUUCCCCGGAGGAUCCUAGAAUAGCUGCGACAUCCUCAUCCUUCCUUCUCCCGCUGAAGCAGCUUGGGGGCUGGGGGAGGAGAAAGCAGCGAGGAAAUGGCAUUGCGAGCAGACGGUGGGCAGUGGCUCCUGCUGCUGCUGCUGCCAUCUCGGUGAUGGGAGGAGCAGAAGGGUGGGAUUUUGUGCAAGGAAGAUCCCCCUUUCCUCGCCCAGCUGCCGCCAACACCAAGUUGCUGCUCGGGACUUGAUGUUGUGGAAGGAAGAACAGACUCGCUGUGGGAAAAGGGGCUUGGUAAAAGGAAUUUAGGGCUGCUCCAGAACUGCCUCUUGCAUCCCCAAUGUGUGCUGCUUCUCCCCAAAAUUGCGGGCUGCGCUUAUUGCUCUUGAAAGAUUCAGGAUGGAGAUUCAUGCUUUUUGGCUGGUGCAACAUCUCCUCUUUGCGCUGUGGGUUAAUGGUCUACUGACAAUUGGAUUAGCAGGUGCACAACAAGGGGUUCUCUGCAAUGAAUCCCUCAUGUUACAAAACCUGCCUUUGUGUGGGAAAUCUUUUCAAGAGAUGAUGCACAAAGUGGACUCUGCAAAAUGGUGCAAUCUAACAGAAUUUAUCCUGUAUUACAACAACUUUACCCUGUGUACAGAACACAAGGCUGCAACAGCAAAGUGCUUUUGGCCUAACCCCAUUGCUGAGGGCUUCAUCACUGGAAUCCACAAGCAAUUCUUUUCAAACUGUACUUCAAAAAAAGUGCAUUGGGAAGAUCCACCAGAUAAAAUUUUGAUCACCCUGAUUUUCAUUCCAGUUCUCUUGACAAUUGCCAUGAUUGGGCUAGUGGUAUGGUGCAGUAAGAGAAAUGAUAUUUUAGUGUAGCUAAACCUUUGUCACCAUUCUUUAUUAUUUUUAUUUUAGCUUUGUUUUUAGAAUGACUGAUGGCAAAAAGUAAUAAUUUAUAUAUAUA